AUGACCACAAUACUUCAUCCUGUGUCAAAUGCGAAGUCUGAGCUGUUUAUGAGAACAUUUAUGACACAGAUGAAAAAGGUUAUAGGCAUCAACAAGGUGGUGCUGCGGUCCGACCCGAAGCCGAUAACAUCGGAAGAGGAGUCGCAGUCGGCGGGCGAGCAGGAGGGAGAGGAGGAGGAGCAUGACCCGUCAGUCCCUGCGGGGCCCUGCGCCGACAGGUGCACUUGCGGUGUCUACCGGGAACCGUUCGGCACCUUCGAGGACCUCGAAACCGGGGAGUUGAGCUCUAGUAAGCUGAUAACGCUCGCUGUGUUGUUGGACGAGGUGGCACGCUUGCAGGUUGUGGAGGCGACGGUGUUCACGCUGACGUGUCGGCGGAAGUUCUCGGUGAGGAUCACGGACUACGGGGCCACCGUAGUCGCCAUACGGGCACCGGAUUACGGAGGAGUCGUCAAGGACCUGGUCUUCGGUUUCGACGAUGUUCAAGACUACGUGCAGCACCGCGAGCACCUGUUCGGGGGGAUGGUAGGCCGAGUGGCGGGGCGCGUCCCGUACGCGCGCUUCUCCCUGGCCAACGCAGUCUUCAACCUCACUGAGAACGUCGAGACAGACGGGCCCGUCCGCCACCACCAAGACGGCGGCUUCCACGGCUUGCAGCACCUGCGGUGGACCUCACACGUGCCGUGCGAGGGCGGCUCGUUGGUGCUGAGCGUGGUGCACCACGACGAGCAGGAGGGCUUCCCAGGAGCAGUGUUGGUGCAGCUGCUCUUCCAGGUCACCGAGGACCACCGGCUGGUCAUACACGCGCGGGCUGACUCCACCAAGCCCUCGCUCAUCAAUCUGCGACAGGGCAUCAUGUUCAACUUGGCUGGACACGAUGCUGGUCAACCCGACUUCAUGGACCACAUACUCACCCUCAACGCCGAUGAAUACGUAGUGCAGACAAGACGUGGCACCCCAACAGAAUCCCACACGAACAGGAGAGAUCCGACUGGUGAGCAAGACGGCGCUGGACUUCCGGGCACCAAAGCGCCUGCGCAAGCAACACGGCCGGACGCCCGCAGGCUACGAUCACUUGCUCUGCCUCAACCACCUGCCGCCCGACGGUCUCCACAUGGUCGCCAGGUUAGAGCACCCAGAGACGGGCCGCGCGCUGGAGGUGCGCACCAACCAGCCGUGCGUGCACGUGUACACGGGGCGGCGCCUGCCGCCGUGGCGGCCGCCCAAACCCAGGAGGAGACCACAGAGACGGACCCCGCCAGCGCUGCCAAGACCAAGUCACAGGUGAAGUCGUCGUUGUCAGCUCAGCCUACGAAGGCGGGGGCUGAGAAGCAAGAGGAGCAAGACGAGGAGGUGGUGGAGGAAGAGGAAGAAGACGAGAACGCCGUAAGGGGCAAGGACGGCGUCCGCUACGGCAGCUUCUGUGGCAUCUGGCUGGCGCCACAGUGGUUCCCUAACGCUAUUCACAUGGACCGCUUCCCGAAGUGCGUGGUGACGCCGGUGAAGACGUACGAGCACGUGACGGUGUACCGCUUCUACGCGAAGCCCAAACCGCUGCGCUAUAGCCUGGCUGAGGACGUGGUGAGGGAGUCCGUCAUGACCGCCAUCCAGGAAGUGGAGACUCGCGAGGCAGAGCCGCCGCCGGAACAAUAA